AUGGUCAAAAGGAAGAGGUCGCGCGAGGAUGACAUCGAGCAGAAGCUCGCCGAUUACAGGAAAGAAAUUUUCCGUGCCCUGAAGGGCGCAAAAGGGCUGGAGCGUCAACGGUACAGCAAACGGUUGCGCGACGAUAAAGCGACGCCCGACAAGGUCAAGAGACUGGAGCGCGAGAUUCUUGUGCUCAAGUCCCUCGACCUCCAACAAACCGCCGACGCCCAUCUCCACUCCUCGCUCCUCAAAGUCAAGCAAAUCGCUGAAAGCCCUGCCCUGCCCGAAGUGAUCAAGCAAGGUGUUCCGAAGCCAGACCUGUCCGAGGACGAGAAGGUGGCGCUGCACAAUGUCACCAGCGGCCUCUUCAAUCGUGUACAUGUCCGGGAGGCCAUCGAAAAGGCGAUCCGGGGCGUUUGCUUGAUCCUGAAUGUCCCCAUAUUGGAAAAGAAGAAGAAGGGCAAGAAGGGCGCUGCGGAAGACAAGAAGGAGACAGAGGAAGAGCAGCCUCGAGAAUCAAAGAAGGCGAAGGUGGCAGACGCGAAGGAUGUGUCGGCCAAGGCCAAGGCCAAGGUGGAAGAGGAGGAAGAGAACCCCUUUGACGAGAUGGACGACGAGAUUCCUCCCGAGAGCGGCGCUUCGGACGGGGAGAAGAACGAGGACGUUGAAGAGGUCGAGCUCGACGAGGAGGACGAAGAAAAGGCCGUUGCCAAGUACGAGGCCAUGCUCGGCGGCUCGGAUUCGGAAGAUGAGAGCGGCGGCGAGGAUCUGAAAGCCAAAUACCAGGCCCUGCUGGGCGAAAUCGCAGACGGGGACACCGCAGAUGACGAGAGCAACAGCGAUGAAGACGACGACGACGACAACGAAGGAGAAGAAGAAGGCGAGGAUGACCAAGACGACUCGGACAGCGGGAUGGACUCGGAUAGACAACGCCGCAUCAAUGCCGCCAACGUCUCCCUCUCCCCCUCCCCUGAACCGGCAUCACGCAAGCUGAAGAAACAGGCCCGCGCCAAGAAGCCCACGGGUCGGCCCGGGGAGACGACCUUCCUGCCCUCGCUCAUGGGCGGGUACAUCUCCAACUCGGAGUCCGAGGCGUCGGACCUCGACCUCGCACCGCCCAAGAAGCGCCUGGGCCAGAAACAGCGCCAGGCCAUCUGGGAGAAGAAGUAUGGCGCGCAGGCGAACCACGUCAAGAAGCAGACGGACGCGCAGAGGACCGGGGCCCGGGACAGCGGGUGGGAUAUGAAGAGGGGCGCCGUCGGUGGAGAGGAGGAAGGGCCGCGGAAGCCGUGGAAGAAGGGCGUUUCUAACCCCCUGGGCGCCAGGCAGGGAAGCAGGAGGGACGAUGGCCAGAGGGCUGCAGUCCCCGAGAGGAAGCCGAAGCCGCCACCGAAGAAGGAUGAUGAGGGUGUUCUGCAUCCCAGUUGGCAGGCGAGGAAAAAGGCCAAGGAGGAGCAGACCACGGCUGCGUUCCAGGGCACCAAGAUCACUUUCUAG